AUGGCUACCCCUAGUGUCCUCACGUUUGACGCUGAGGGACGAGCCGUAGACUUUGAGGUCUGGGUCGACGAACUGCAGCUGUUCCUACUGAGCGAUAGGGCAGACGGCCUCUCUCUCUUUGACCUUACCUCUGGCGCUUCCCCUGCCCCUGCUGCUAAUGCUGACGCCACUGUUCGCUCCCAGUGGGCCACGCGCGACGCUGCUGCACGUCUUGCUGUGCGUCGCCACCUCCCUACCUCCGACCGUGCGCACUUUAGCCAGUACAAGAGUGCUCAGACCUUGUACGACGCUGUAGUCGCGCGCUACUCCUCCCCUGCCACUGCUGCACUGAGCCGUCUCAUGCUGCCGUACCUCUUCCCUGACCUUGCUGCUUUUCCCACCGUAGCUGACUUCAUCACGCACCUCCGCACUAUCACUCGCCUCCCUGACUCCCUUCGCGUAGUCAGGGACCACUUUCUCUCAGUCUGUCCCACCACGCUCACCGUAGACCUCCUCGAAAAGGCCCUCCUAGCGAUAGAGAAGAGCAUCGUCGCUGUAGGAGCCUCUCGAGGUGACCCACGCACCCCCAUCUUUGAGGGGUGUUCUCCCUCCCCCCUGCUGCCCUCUAUUGCCUCUGCUGCUGCGGCCGACCUCCUUGGUCUUGAGUCGGUCAGCGCGGCGUCUGCCCCUAGCGGGAGACGCCGCCCUGGCAAGGGCAAGGGGGGCAAGGGAGCUGGAGGAGCGGGCGGUGGAGGUGGAGGUGGAGGCGGUGGGGGGAGUGGGGGUGGCGGUGGGAGUGGAGGUGGGGGUAGAGGGGUUGGUGGCGGCAGUGGAGGCGGAGGCGGCGGCGGCGGUGGCGGUGGGAGCGGAGGUGGCAGAGGAGGCGACGGUGGAGGCGGCGGCGGAGGCGGCGGCAGUGGUGGAGGCAGCGGAGGAGGCGGAGGCAGUGGGGGUGGCGGUGGAGCUGGUCGCGGGUCGUCGCAGAGGAGUGGCUCCGGUGGUGGCUCGCGCCAGCAGCAGCAGCGCGGUCGUGAGACCCUGUCACCUCAGCAGCUCCGUGAGUGGUACACUGCACGCCAGCGGGGUGGGGGUUUUGGUCCGUGCACCUACGUCCUGCGCACCGGCGACCGUGCGGGUGAGCAGUGUGGGGGUGCGCACCCCACCCAGCGCUGCUUUGGCCGCCUGACGGACGCGUGGCGUCACCAGUUCCCGGAGGCCUCAGAGAUCCCUCGCUGGGGCGAGCUGUCUAGGGCGGGUGUGGCCAUCUUUGAUCUUGACUUUGAUGCUAUUCUUUCUGCCAUGUAUGCUGUGUCUAUUAGUGAUGAGGGUGACUGUUACCGGUGUUUCCCGCCCGAUCCGGGCAUUGAGACUGCUACUCUAGGUACUGGUACGGCGGCUGCCCUGGGUGCGUGCGACGCUGCUGCUCUAGGUGCUGGUGUGUCUGCGUCCUCAGGUACUAGUGAGUCUGCGCUCUCAGGUACUACGUCGGCUUCGGCCUCCCUCACCUUCACCCUUGACUCUGGGGCGUCUCGCUCCUUCUUUCGAGACCGCACCACACUCACGCCGCUUAGUCGGCCGGUUGCGGUGUCUCUGGCUGACCCCUCUGGGGGUCCUGUCCUGUCUCGCUUCUCCACAGUCCUCCCUUGUCCGGCGGCUCCCUCUGGCACCCUGUCUGGUCUCUACCUCCCCUCGUUCUCGACGAACCUGGUGAGUGGUGCUGACCUACAGGAUGGGGGAGUACACCAGUUCACUCCUGCGCGUCAGCGGGUGACGCACUGUUCUGAGGCUAGCACAGGCCGGGACCUGGCUACGUUUACCCGUCAGCCGGGGUCGAGCCUGUACACACUGACCACUGCGUCCUCUCCAGUUGCUGAGUCUGGUAGGGUAGCUGCGUCGGGUCAGGUGUUUGCUGCGGCGUCCAGGUCUGGUCCUGAGUCUGCCCCCUGUUCGUGUCGUCUCCUGUCUCACGAGACUCUCCUCUGGCACCACCGCCUUGGCCACCCCUCUCUGCUUCGGCUCAGAGGCAUGGCCUCCCGUCUUCUUGUGUCUGGUCUCCCCCGGUCCCUCCCUCCCCUUCCUCAGGGCCCUGGCCCUGCCUGUGUCCCCUGUGUCGAGGGGCGCCAGCAGGCUGCCCCCCACUCCUCCCAGUUUCCUCCGACAGAGGCCCCGUUGCAGACGCUUCACAUGGACGUGUGGGGCCCAGCCCUCGUCCGUGGACAGGGUCACGAGCGCUACUUUCUGCUCGUUGUUGACGACUACUCGCGUUACACCACAGUCUUCCCCUUGCGCAGCAAGGGUGAUGUCACUGAGGUGUUGAUCGACUGGAUCCGCGCAGCUCGUCUUCAGCUUAGGCAGCGCUUUAGCUCGGACUUUCCUGUUUUGCGUCUGCACUCGGACAGAGGCGGAGAGUUUUCCUCUGGCCUUCUGCGAGCCUUCUGUCGUGCACGAGGCAUCCGUCAGACCUUCACGCUUCCAGACUCACCGCAGCAAAAUGGGAUUGCUGAGCACCGCAUUGGCAUGGUCAUGGACGUCGCUCGUACGUCUAUGAUGCAUGCGGCUGCCCCCCAUUUUCUGUGGCCGUUUGCGGUCAGGUACGCGGUGCAUCAGCUCAACCUCCACCCCAGGGUCUCCAGGCCGAAGACCUCCCGAGCCCUGCUAUGGAUGGGGAAGGUUGGCGAUGCGUCGGCGUUCCGGGUCUGGGGAUCUCGGGCGUUUGUCCGCGACUUGUCUGCGGACAAGCUGUCCCCUCGUGCUGCUCCUUGCGUCUUCCUGGGGUUCCCCCCUGACGCGCCUGGGUGGCAGUUAUACCACCCCACCUCUCGCCGUGUUCUGUCCUCCCAGGACGUCACGUUUGACGAGUCGGCCCCCUACUACCGCCUUUCCCCUACCGCACUCCGACCCUCCCCCCACCCCCACUCUUCCUGGUACCAGGUAGACGCAGUCGGGCCAGUCGAGAUCACUGGUGACUCUGGUGCUGCUGAGGGUGCUGCCACUGGGGGUGUUGAGCCUGGGGCUGCUGGACCUGGGGAUGCGGGGCCUGGGGGUGCUGCGUCUGGGGGUGUUGAGCCUGGGGGUGCUGAGCCUGGGGGUACUACGUCUGGGGAUGCUGAGCCUGGGGGUGCUGAGCCAAGGCUUACUGAGCCGGGGGGUGCUGAGCCUGGGGGUGCUACGCCUGGGGGUACUGCGUGUGGAGGUGCUCCACCUGGAGGUUCUCCGGGUGCUUCGUCUCGCCGGGAGCCACUCUCUCCACAGGAGCUGCGCGAGUGGUUUGCCCGGCGCUGGCGUCGUGCUGCUGGUGCUGGAGGUUCUUUGGCUGCUGAGGGUGCUGCGGUCGCGGGUCCCGGAGGUGCUCGUACUGGUAGUACUGAAGCUGCUGGGCCUGCGGGUUCGACUGGAGCUGGUGCUGCUGCGGGUGUUGGCGCUGAGACUGCCGCUGGCGGUCCUGCUGGAGGUGCUCCUGGUGCUGCUGGAGGUUCUGGAGCUGCUGGAGGUGCUGCUGGAGCGGGUGCUCCUACUGAGGGUACUGGUGCUGUCCCUGCUGCUUCUGGCGUCGCCACGCGGCCUCGACCGUACUUCGUUCCACUCCUGCAGCAGGUUCUUGGUCUUCCACCUUCUGCUGGUCCUCCUCCUCCCUUAGAGUGUCCACAGCCUGUCCCGUCCCAGCUACAGUUGCAGCCUACCUCCCCUUUGCCUGCUCCUUCUCCCUACACUGGUCCUACUGGAGGUCUUGGUGAGCGUCGUGAGCCUGCGUCUCGCCCUACGUCGCCUGUCCGUCCUGCUCGCGCUAGUGGUCGUAGUUCGCGUGAGCGUCCUCCUCCUGUCCCUGGUACGCACCGGAUGUCUCUGCGUCCGUCCACUGCUCCUCUGCGUGCCCCUUUGCCUUCUCCUCCUGAGUCCUCUCUUCCUGCUCUUCCCGACCCGGAGUCGGACUCUCUUCGUGCUGGCAGUCCUGCUGUCACGCGUCUCCUUGCUACUGUCGUCACUGACCCUUCUUUUGAGUCUACUGCUGCAUCUGCUCUAGUUGCUGAGCUCGUCGACUUUGCUGCUCGCUGUCGCUUAGACUACGCUGCGAGUCUUGUCGCUGAGUUUGAGUCUGUCUGUCCUCCGUCCGUCGGGGGUGAGUGUGCCCUUGGCACGGACGUCCUUGAGGACAGGCAGGAGGAGUUCCAGUGUCUGGCUGCUGCUUCACCUCAUCUCGUGUCCGUACUGCUUACCCCUGAGGGAGACCCGGAUGCACUUGACAUCCCGACUCCGCGCUCUUACGCGGAGGCGAUAGAGGGUCCCUACUCCUCUCAGUGGCAGGCAGCUAUGGAUGCAGAGAUGGCUUCCUGGAAGUCCACAGGCACCUACGUUGACGCUGUCCCCCCUCCUGAGGCGAACAUCGUCAGUGGCAUGUGGAUCUUCAGGGUGAAGCGGCCGUCGGGUUCUCCGCCUGUCUUCAAGGCGCGUUACGUGGCUCGUGGCUUCAGUCAGCGGCAGGGAGAUGACGACUUUCAGACCUUCUCCCCCACCCCGAAGAUGACCAAUCUUCGGGUACUGCUGCACGUUGCUGCUCACCGUGACUACGAGCUGCACUCUCUCGACUUCAGCACAGCUUUCUUGCAGGGCAGCCUGCACGAGGAGAUCUGGCUGCGUCGCCCACCUGGCUUCACUGGGUCUUUCCCUCCUGGUACCCAGUGGAGUCUCCGGCGUCCAAGCUACGGUCUCCGCCAGGCGCCACGUGAGUGGCAUGACACACUGAGGACUACGCUUGCGGCUCUUGGGUUUGCUCCUUCUACUGCUGACCCGUCGCUGUUUCUGCGCACCGACACCUCUCUGCCGCCGUUCUACAUCCUCGUGUACGUCGACGACUUGGUCUUCGCCACAGCUGACACUGCUGGACUCGCCUACGUGAAGUCCGAGCUGCAGAAGAGACACACGUGCACAGACCUGGGUGAACUGCGCAGCUACCUUGGCUUGCAGCUCACCCGGGACAGAGCACGCCGCACCAUUACCCUGACUCAGUCACACAUGGUGCAGCAGGUCCUUCAGCACUUCGGCUUCACGUACUCCUCGCCUCAGGCCACUCCUCUGCCUACUCGCCACUCGCUCUCAGCUCUGCCUUCGGAUGAGUCCGUAGAGUCGAGUGGCCCGUACCCAGAGCUUGUUGGCUGCCUCAUGUACCUGAUGACCUGCACACGUCCUGACCUUGCAUACCCUCUUAGCAUUCUCGCACGCUAUGUUGCUCCUGGGAGACACCGACCAGAGCACAUGGCUGCAGCGAAGAGGGUGUUGCGCUACUUGUGCAGUACGUCGGGCAUGGGGCUAGUGCUUGGAGGGCGGAGUCCAGUAGUCCUUACUGGACACGCGGACGCUUCUUGGGCUGACGACCAGGCUACGCAGCGGUCGUCACAGGGUUACACCUUCAGCCUUGGUUCCGGCUCUGUUUCGUGGCGGGCUACUCGCUCGUCUUCUGUUCUCGGCUCCAGUUGUGAGGCUGAGAUCUACGCUGGGGCCAUGGCUGCACAGGAGCUUUGCUGGCUCACCUACCUGCUGACCGACCUUGGAGAGCCGCCUCGUUCUCCUCCAGUCCUGUACGUAGACAACAAGGCCAUGCUGGCCUUGUGUCGAGAGCAGCGACUGGAGCACAGAACGAAGCACAUUGCUCUCCGCUACUUUCUUGCUCGUGAGCUACAGCAGCGUGGACAGUUGCGGCUUGCGUACGUGGCCUCUGAGGCCAACAUUGCUGAUGUCUUCACCAAGGCACUUGCGCCUUGUGAUCAUCAACGCUUCUGCACUCAGCUGGGUCUUGUGCUCGUCUUGCCUCACUUGCUCUCCUCUUGA